UUUAUUUAUUUAUCUUUUUUUAUUUUUUAUUUUUUAUUUUUUUUUUUAAUUUGUUUCAAAAUAGGCACUGACGACAUAAAGGCACCCGAGCACGUGCACAGACCCCGCGGUAUCUUCCGCUCUGACUUCCCAGAGUUACAUUCCUGGAAUCCUUUUGGAAAGUCCAUCUACGACGACCCGAUCCACGCUGCUGACCGCAUCAGCACGCCAGGAUACAGGUACUUGCCAGUGCACCGCGAGAUCUACGGACACUCGCCGAGGCAGCUGUACCCACACCAGUACAAACCCGUCGAGCGCUUCGUUCCCGCAAAGCCGUUCGACGCAGACAAGGCGUGGAACGAUCACCUGAACCGUCUGGCUGAUAUCGACAAACUGUACCCGAGCAAGUCACCACUGCUGUCCCGCCACACUACUCCGUUCUCGACAAAGCCUCUCUUCGAUAUUCACGGCAACAUUCUCGAUGACCUGCUGCCGCGGUACCCGCAAUCGCUGCUGCGCGGCCACGCGAGGCCGCUGUUGAAUAUGCUCGAGCCGAAUCCUUACUCACCCAUCAGCGCCUUCUCAAGGGACCCCUGGUGGUACCCGAGCUACGCGCCGUACAUCCCCGGCUACGCCCAGCACAGCUCGCCGUUUUACCUACGUGACAGCUAUCUCAGCCCCGUCAAGCGUAACUAUCUCUGGAGUAGGCACCCACUCAGGCCUUUCGGUUCGGAAUAUUUCUAUUAUUCGCAGCCCGUUCCCGUCUAUCACUUUACCAAACCAUGGUACAAUCGACAUUGAAUACCGAACUCAUGUAUACUAGGGAUUCUGCGUCGCCCUGCCACGUGAAAGCGUAAAACACAAAACACAUAAAAUAAUUAACAAGUUCAAUCAUCAUUUUAAAAAAACAAUGUCAAAGCAGAAGUAACGAGAAUUUUACCAGAACACAAAACAGAUAUCGUCCUUAGCGAUGAAAACAAUAAAAUACAACGCACAUUACUUCUCUUCUCGCAAUUUUAUUUAUUUAUUAACAUUUUAUCGUCAUGUAAAUAAAUCUGUGCGCACAUUAUUGCUAUUUGAAAAUAAAAUCGACGAAAAAAAUUUUAUAAAACGACAA